ACAAGGACAUCUAUUGUAUAAGCCGCGGCCUAAAUGCACGGUGUAAACGUAGCCACUUCUCGAUGGUGGCUGGUGGUGGAUGAUGAUGGUAUCCGCGGUUAAAUGAACAUUCUAGUACGUUGAUUGUUGUAAUUAUCGUGAGAUAUUGUUGUGAGACGAUGUCAAUGGAGACCGUACCGAAAGAUUUACGUGGAUUAAGAGCGUGUUUGGUAUGCUCUUUGAUUAAGACUUUUGACCAAUUUGAAUUUGAUGGAUGUGACAACUGUGAUGAUUUUCUUCGUAUGAAGAACAAUAAGGAUAAUGUUUUUGACUGCACGAGUUCCAAUUUUGAUGGAGUGAUCGCAUUAAUGAGUCCAGAAGAUAGUUGGGUGUCCAAGUGGCAGAGAAUAAAUCGUUUUUGUAAGGGCGUCUAUGCCAUAUCAGUAUCAGGACGAUUACCAGCUGGUGUCAUCAGAGAAAUGAAGAGCAGAGGAAUAGUAUAUAGGCCACGCGACACGAGUCAACGUUAAUUAUAUAGAAAUUUUUAUUUAAAAUGUAAAUAUUGAACUUUUCUUAAUACUGCAUUAGAAUUAGAUCAAUUGAAAUACGAUCAUUAUUCAUUUUGUUAAGCUAAAUAUAUAAAUAUUUUUGC